AUGCCGUCAACCAUCAAUCCUGACCUAAUCGCUGUUCGGGAGCGCCGAGCAACUGUGAUAGACAUAAGCGUAGUCUGGGAUGGGCGUGGAGUGACUGAGUGGACCUUACGUCAACGUUUUGGUACACCAACCAAUGAUCAUUUCUUAUUGAGGGAUCUGCUUUCCGUCAAGGCUGGCAUUCGACUGGGACAUCCUAAUUCAGUGACUUGUGUUCGCUUGCCAUUUCUCACUCUCAGCGUACUUAUGACAUUUUUGUGCGUCGUACAUGGCACUGAUCGUUCACUCUUGCGACUGGCUUUCACACCUGACCCAAUGACGGAUACUUUGUGCCUGAUGUGCGAGUCUGAAGCAUACACCAUCUUCGGGGAAUUGGGAGCAUCUACGUUGACGUCCUUCAUCACGCAUGACCUAAUCGCUGUUCGGGAGCGCCGAGCAACUGUGAUAGACAUAAGCGUAGUCUGGGAUGGGCGUGGAGUGACUGAGUGGAGUGAGAAGUAG